AUGUUAAAAUACAUUAAAAAGUAAUAUUUCUUAUUAGUAUUGCAGGUCUUGUUAAGGAAAAACAGAAUAAUCUUAUGGUAUAAAUCCCAAAAAAGUAUUUUAUUUUAAUAACAUUUAGGAAAUAGGGUUACACAUGGAAAUGUCAUCAAAGUAUAAGAGAUAAGAAUGGAGAUGUAGUUUUGAAAAUUGA